UUUUGGUAAAACAUAUUUUGAGAUUUAGUAACAUUUUAGUACAAGUAGCUUAUAUGGAGAUAUAAUAUACGUUAGUUUUUUAACCUACAGGGACAAGGCUUAAUAUUUAUGGAGUUUGUAGGGCCAAUUUUUGAAGUGUUAAAGUACAUUGGGGGUCAAAUCAAGAGUUACACAGAUCAUCAUCGGAAACUUGAAGGAAAUGUGAAUAAUCUGAAAAGAAAACUGGAUGAGCUAAAUGUUCGAAAGCAAGACCUUGAAUCAAGAAUGGAAGCCGAGAUUCGUAACGGAAAAAGGAUAAAGAAUGAAGUGGAGAACUGGUUUGAAGAUGUACAAAAGAAAAACACUGAAGUGGGAACAAUUGAGGAAAAGUUUUGGGAUGUGUCGUACUUCUCACGUGCUCACCUAGGAAAACUUGUUUGCCAAAAGAUAGAAGAAGUCCAGAGAAUUUACCAACAAGGCAAUUUCCCUGAAGGUGUGGCAGUUGAUGGCCCUCCAGCCUCCGGGGUGACAUUACCAAUGCCAAAUCUGGAAGGUGAAAUCGAUGUAAAAGAACGAAUUUGGGAGUAUCUGAUGGGUGAUGAGAUUGGAAUGAUUGGAGUGUGUGGAAUGGGUGGCAUAGGAAAAACUACCAUCAUGAAGCAUAUCAAUAAUCAACUGUUGAAAGAAAGUGAACACUUUGAAAAAGUGAUAUGGGUCACCGUUUCGAAAGAACUGAAUAUUUUCCAAUUACAAGAAGAUAUUGCAGAUUCUUUCAAACAAUCUCUUCCAAGAGGUAAAUUGGAACGAGCGACAGCAUUGAAAGAUAUUUUGGAAGGAAAGAGAUAUGUUUUGAUCUUAGAUGAUGUUUGGAAACGGUUUUCUCUAUUGGAUGUAGGAAUCCCUGAACCAACAUUAAGUAAGGAAAGGAAAAUGGUACUCACUUCCAGAUCGAUUGAGGUUUGUAAAUCUAUGGGUUGUGAGGUGGUCAAAGUGCAACCUCUUUCAAAAGAAGAGUCUAUGAACUUAUUCUUAGAUCAUGUGGGGCACAGUGUUCUCCAAAAUCAGAAUCUUGAAGACAUUAUCGGAAAAAUUGUUGAGCAAUGUGGUGGUUUACCGCUUGCCAUUGUAACAAUAGCUGGUAGCAUGAAGGGGGUAGAUGAUCUCUGUGAAUGGAGGAAUGCACUAAAUGAAUUAUGUGAGCGAGUGAAAAGUGUGAAAGGAUUGGACACUGAAAUAUUUGAGCAUUUGAAAUUUAGUUAUGACCGUUUGGGAGAUUCAAAAAUCCAAAAUUGCUUCUUAUAUUGCUCCUUGUAUCCUGAAGAUUAUGUAAUUGAAAAAGUGGAAUUAAUUGAAAGUUGGAUAGAUGAGGGACUCCUUGAUGGCUUAGGGACCAGACAAGCAAUGCAUGACAGGGGCCAUAGCAUUUUAAAUAAGCUUGAAAAUAAUUGCUUGUUAGAGAGGGCACAAGAUUAUUUUGCCUUGGGUCGCUUUUCGGAAAGCGUUAAGAUGCAUGAUGUUUUGAGAGACAUGGCAUUGUAUAUUGUACGUAAUGGUCAUCAGUACAUGGUAAAAGCUGGUAUGCAAUUGAAGGAAGUUCAAAGUGAGCAUGAAUGGACUGUAGAUCUUGAGAAGGUUUCUUUGAUGAAGAUAAUUUCAGUAUAUUUAAAAAUUCCUCCUCACAUGUCACCCCAAUGCCCUCAAUUGUCAACCUUGUUAUUGCAAGAAAAUCGAGGUUUAACUAGUAUUCCAGAAUCUUUCUUUAAGCACAUGCCUGGGCUAAAAGUUCUAAAUCUUUCUAGUACAGGGAUUAAGGCUUUACCCAAUUCAAUCUCAAACUGCAAAAAUCUCAAUGCAUUGACACUAGCUAGUUGUUUUAGGUUAGAAUAUGUACCUUCGCUAGCAGAGCUCAGAGCAUUAAGAAAGCUGGACCUUUAUGAAACUGCAAUACAAAAGGUUCCUCAUGGUAUAGAAUUGUUAGAAAACCUAACAUAUCUUCGUGUCUGGUCAAGGUUUCCAAAGGAGCUACCAGUUGGAAUAUUGCCGAUGCUUUCUCAUCUCCAGUACUUAAUAGUAAAUAAGCAUUUAAGAGGAGAAGAAGUGGGCAAACUGAGGAAGCUUGAGAUACUUGAAUGUUCAUUUUGUAACAUCCAAGAGUUCGAGGAAUAUGCAAAGUCCAUACAAGGUAAAUGGCCUACAAAUUUCUAUUUUCAAGUAGGUGCAUCUGAGUUGUCACUUUCCCAGUAUUCGGCGGUCCCAAGUUUAAAGCAAUUUCAGAACGGGGUAGCUUUUGUUAAUUGUGAUAUGGUGAAAAUAGAUCACAUACAUGUCCCAAAUGGCCUUAGUGGUUUAGGUACUGAGAAGAGUGAUGAUUUCAACUGUUUAAGCAAUAUUCCUUUCUUUCAUAAAGUAACUGAGUUGAAGAGUUGUGAUAUUUGGGAGUGUGAAGGGAUAGAUUGUGUGGUGGACUUGUCAUUAUCGUCUUUAAACGCACUUCAUAACAUGGAGGAGCUUAGGCUUGUGAAUUUGGGCAACUUGAGUGAAAUUGUAAGAGUAGGAUCAGUAGCGGUUGAAUCGAAAUCUUAUGCACUUGCCAUCUUCUCUUCUCUAAAAGGGUUGCAUCUGAAUUAUUGUUCAAAGAUUAAGAAGUUGUUUCCAGUUGAGCUGCUGCAAGGCCUCCAAAACUUAGAGAACAUUGAACUGUACUCAUGCUGGAAAAUGGAGGAAAUAAUAGCAUCAGGAGAAGAAGAAAAUCACGGAGAAGGAGCGAUUAUUCUUCCCAAAUUAAAGGAAUUGGUGUUGAUCAACUUACCAGCACUGAAAAGCAUUUGUGGUGGUGGAGCUAUGAUUCGUUCUCUUCAAGAUCUUCAAAUAUUUAACUGUCCGAAACUAAAGAGGAUCCCUUUGGCUCUUCCCCUGCUUGAAAAUGGGCAACCAUCUCCUCCUCCUUCUCUGCGACAUAUCAAUGUAUGGUCGAGUGAAUGGUGGGAAUCAUUGGAAUGGGAUCACCCUCAAGCUAAGCAUGUCCUUUCACGCUUUUUGAAUAAAUGAA